AUGUCUACAUUGUGUCCUCCGGAAUCUUCAUUAAAGUGCCCGUAUGAUGUUGAAGAUUUUCAUGGAACAUCAUUUCCAGGAGAUGUAAAAAAAACUGUUGGAGGGGUCGGUAGAAACAUUACUGAAACAGUUUUCAGGUUGGGUUUAAAUCCAAUGUUCUCAUCAGUAGUUGGAAGUGACGAGUUUGGCCGUUGGAUUAUUUCGCAAUUUGAAACGAUGGGCAUAGAUUCGAGCAACCUGGAAGUUGUUGAAAAUCAAUCUACAGCAGUGUAUAGUGCCAUACAUAAACCUGAUGGGAACCUUCUAUCUGCAGUUGCUGAUAUGAAGAUUUUUGACGGAAUGUCAUUUGAUGAGGAUAAGCUAUUGAAAAAUGGAAUACCAAAUUUGGUCUGUUUUGAUGCAAACAUUCCUGAAAGCUAUAUCAGUUCUAUAUUAAAUUUUUGCUCGGCAAAGAAGAUACCAGCUUUUUUCGAACCAACCUCUGUGCCAAAAUCUGGGAAGAUAUUCAAGGACAAAAAAUUAUUUUCUGAUCUUUUGACCACACAAACACUCCGAUACAUUUCACCGAGUAGACUUGAACUUGAAUCAAUGUUUAAUGUUGCCAAGUCAAAUGGGCUAUUUGAUAAUAAUGAUUGGGUCGAUAAAUUAAUUGAGUUUAACAUCGGAUCGAAAUACAGGCAGGUGUUCGCCGCCGCUACCAAGCUCUUGCCAUACAUUCCAACGAUUAUAAUUAAAUUGGACAAAGAUGGGGCAUUGUUAGUUCAAAAUAUGGAAGACAUCGAUAGCGUGUUAAAUGAGGGUGAGGCAAAUAGCAAAGAUCAUCGAAUUGAAAUUGUUGUGACAAGAAAGGGCAAAGGUGGAAUCAGGUAA